GUCCCACUCCCAACUCCGACGUCCCCCCCCCCCUCUCUGGUAAAAAAGUCUGCACAGGAACCUGGAGAUUGUCCACGUUUACAGCCUUUAGACGCCUGCUCCACAUCUCCAGCCUCGGCCCUCUGCGUAAAGAGCGCAAACGGCCGCAAUCCCCAAACUGAUUCGUUUUCCAACUGUCGCCCUGUCGUUUCGGAUCCCUCUGUUAUUCGGCGUGAUUCUGUAAAGAUGUUUCCCUGCUGCUUCGUCCUUUUUCUCCUCUCUACGUGGUCUUCCGUGGAGUGCAAUCCCAGUCCUGUGUUAGGAGAUGUAGUCGUGGACAGAUACUUCAUCCCAAAAGUCUGUGCCAGAGACGCGAAAAACGGAGAUUACGUCCGCUAUCACUAUAACGCCACAUUUGUCGACGGAAAGACAUUUGAUUCGAGCCAUCAGAGAGGAGUCGCUAAGGUGGGCCUGAUAGGUGACGGCCGACUCAUCGCUGGCAUGGACAAGGGUAUACAGGGCAUGUGCGUCAAUGAGCGCCGGACGAUCACCGUCCCGCCUCACCUGGCCUACGGAAGCACCGGUGCAGGCGACGUGGUUCCUCCAGAUACCACUCUGGUGUUUGACAUCCAUCUCUUGGAUCUGUGGAACAAAGCUGACCUGGUUGUCACCAAAACCAUAAGCACUCCCAAAGACUGCAAACGCUCUGUGAUGCGUACCGACUUUGUGCGCUACCAUUUCAACGGCACCCUGCUCGACGGCACCAUGUUUGAAUCCAGCUACAGCAGGAACCAGACCCACAAUGCCUUAGUGGGUGAAGGUUGGCUGAUCAAGGGCAUGGAUGAGGGCCUUCUGGGCAUGUGUGUGGGAGAGAUUAGAAAUAUUGUCAUCCCACCCUUUAAAGCCUACGGAGAAAAGGGAUCAGGUACAGAGAUCCCCCCCCAGGCGACCCUGGUGUUUGAUGUCCUCUUGGUGGACAUUCACAACCCGAAAGACAACAUCACCAUUCAGGACCAGGUGGUGCCCGAGUCGUGCACUCGCAAGUCUGUCGUUGGGGAUUACAUUCGGUACCACUACAAUGGUACUUUCCUGAACGGAGUCAGCUUUGACAACAGCUACCAGAGGAACAGCACAUACAACACCUACAUCGGGAUGGGGUAUGUGAUUACAGGCGUGGACCAGGCCCUGCUGGGAGUCUGCACUGGGGAGAGGAGGAGGGUCACCAUCCCCCCACACCUGGCGUAUGGAGAGCAAGGAGCAGGUAACAUCAUUCCUCCUUCAGCUGUGCUCGUCUUUGACAUUCAUGUCAUCGACUUCCACAACCCCAACGACACAGUGGAAAUCCGGAUCACCUACAGACCCGAAGUGUGUAAUGAGACCACUGCGGUGAACGACCUCGUCCGCUAUCACUACAACUGCAGCCUGGUGGACGGCACACUGCUCUUUUCCUCAAACGACUAUGAGAACCCCCAGGACGCAGUGCUGGGGGCAGAAAAAGUGAUCGACGGGCUCGACGAGGGUUUGCGGGGCAUGUGUGUGGGAGAGAAGCGGACGGUAACGGUGCCUCCUCACCUGGGCCACGGAGAAAAAGGAGCCACCGGUGUGCCAGGCAGCGCUGUGUUGGUCUUUGACAUUGAACUGGUGAGCUUUGAGAAGGGAGUGCCCCCUGGUUACCUGUUUGUGUGGCUCGAGGACACUCCUGCAAACCUCUUUGAAGUCCUGGACAUGAACAAAAAUGAGGAAGUUCCACAGGAGGAGUUUGGGGAGUUCAUCAAACUACAGGUGGCAGAGGGCAAAGGUCGUAUAAAGCCUGGACUGACCAUGGAGCAGGUUGUCGAGGACAUGUUCCAAAACCAGGACCGAAAUAAAGAUGGAGUGAUCACGGCCAACGAACUCAAACUGAAGGUAGAUGAGGACAAGGAAAGGGAAGAAAUGAGGCAUGAGGAGUUGUGAUGAGGACAAAUGUUUUGAUUCUCUCUCAGGGAUAAAACCCAACACCUUUUAAAACAAGCAACGAGAGACUUUUCCCAUACAGCAUCAAGUUUUUAAUAUUGGAAAGUUUUUGAAAUAACAGGAAAAUAGUGUAAAGGAUCUUUUUGUGUUGUUUGAGUGUUGAUGUUUGAUAGUUGUAUUUCAGAAAACCAAACAAGCACCUUUAUUUGUCCCUGAAAGUCACAUUAAAAUGUUUGUAAGAAAAGUAA